UGAUGGAGGAAGCGCACACAUCUUCAGCACAAGCAGGACAAGGAGUGUCAAAAGCGCACGAUUUUUCUAUAACUGCCCAUUCGCUUGCGUCAGUAUUCGAUGAGCGACUGAAUAGAAAGGAAAGCACCUCCUAUCUUUGGCAUCAAGGGGUUUAAAUCAGAAAAACAGAGAGAGAGAGCUGCAGUGAAAAGGGGAGGACCUGGCUACAUCAACACAUCACGUAUUACUGUCAAAUGUUAUUGCUAUAGAAGAACUCUAGCGCCAAUGUAUUUACUUGAAUGCGGGCAUAUUUAAAUCCGCAUCAUCACAACGGAUCUGAGAAAGUAAACUUGAGGAAACAGAUAACAACAGGGAUCCCAACCCCCCCUCCCCCCCAACAUGCCGGAGCAGAGUAAUGACUACCGUGUUGUGGUGUUUGGGGCUGGCGGUGUGGGCAAGAGCUCCUUGGUCCUUCGCUUUGUCAAGGGAACCUUCCGGGACACCUACAUCCCCACCGUGGAGGACACCUACCGCCAGGUGAUCAGCUGUGACAAGAGUGUGUGCACCCUCCAGAUCACCGACACCACGGGCAGCCACCAGUUCCCCGCCAUGCAGCGCCUGUCCAUCUCCAAGGGCCACGCCUUCAUCCUGGUCUACUCCGUCACCAGCCGCCAGUCUCUGGAGGAGCUCAAGCCCAUCUACCAGCAGGUGCUGGCCAUCAAGGGCAGCGUGGAUGCCAUCCCCGUCAUGCUGGUGGGCAACAAGAGCGACGAGACCCAGCGUGAAGUGGAGACCAAGGAGGGUGAGGCGCAAGCGACAGCAUGGAAGUGUGCCUUCAUGGAAACCUCGGCCAAGAUGAACUGCAACGUCAAGGAGCUCUUCCAGGAGCUGCUCACACUGGAGAAGAAGAGGAACAUGAGUCUGAGCGUCGACGGCAAGCGCUCCGGCAAGCAGAAGCAUGCCGACAAGCUUAAGGGCAAGUGCAGCAUCAUGUAGGGAGGGAGAGAUGAUGCCUGACCACUAGGAGGAAAGACAGAGGUUGGGGAGGGUAGCGGUGGUGGUGGUGGUGGAAAGGGUGUGCGUUCUUGAAAAGACUCACUUCGAGGAAUGGAGGGAAGGUUGGGGUAGGGGUGGGGGUCGUCUGAGAGGGAUUUUGUUAUCCCGAGAGAGGCAACCCCCCCCCUUACUUUAUACCACUGCCCCAUCUCCACCUUUCCCCCACUCUGCUCAUACCAUUAACCAGGAAUUGCCCCUAGGGCACAGUCAACCCGUCUGUCUCACUGGUUUUGAUUUGGAGGUUUGCCUCUCCAUCAAAAAAUGUAUGCCACUAGAGGCCCGAAUAGAAAAGUUUGGGACACAAGAGUCAAGUUCUAAGAGAAGGUCAAAUAUUGAUGCAUCUCUGCUGUGAUGGGAAAAAGGAAAUAAUAUGGAACCCUGAGAAUUCAUAUCCUGUUCAGGGUAUAAUGACAAAAAGGGGGAACUCCCGACACAGUGCCCAUUUCAAUAUUAUUCACUCCACGUACACCCUCUUUUCCCUAUAGCUGUCUGUCUCCUGCUAAUAUGAGAUAGCCACUUGACUCUUAUGAUUGUGAAAGGGAAUAGGGUUGAUUUGCGGGAGAUGAGAGUGUAUCAAGUUUAAUGUGAAAGUAAUGGAAACAUGACUUUCGUCAAUUCAAGGCCAUUUCCAUAAGCACAAGUUGGACUUUCGCCGUUCAGUCUCUCUGUAUCUACCUGGUAAUUGGAUGGGAGUUGAGAACUAGACAUUGUCAUCAAUAAAGGGCUCUAUUCAAUCUGUAUAGCAGAAGUUCAGCGUUACAGCAUGUUCUUGCGUUAGAGGAGACUGCAUUCACGGUAAACGCUGCAUACAGUAGUGCAUUCGGAAAGUAUUCAGACCCCUUGACUUUUCCCACAUUUUUUUAACGUUACAGCUUUAUUUUAAAAUGGAUGGGGGAAAAAUGAUUCAUAAAUCUUCACACAAAUGCCCCAUAAUGACAAAGCAAAAACAGAUUUUUAGAAAUGCUUGCAAAUAAAUUACUCUUUUUUUUUCUUCUAAGAACCUGCUUUCACUUUGACCUUAUGGGGCAUUGGGUGUAGAUUGAUGAGGAUUUGUAUUUAUGUAAUCCAUUUUAGAAUAAGGCUGUAAUUCAAAUGUGGAAAAAGGGAAGGGGUCUGAAUACAUUCCGAAUGCACUGUAUGUUGACCUUUACAUUUCUGCAGCGAAACAGAUUGAAUAGAGUUGUUGACGGAAAGUUAUUUGUUCAUUAAACAGUGCGUUCUGACAUUUUUCAAACCCCUUGACUUUUUCCACCUUUUGUUAUGUUACUACCGUAUUCAAACAUUUAAAACAGGUUUUUAGAAAUUUGAGCAGUUCUUAAAAAUAAAAAGCUGAAAUAUCACAUUUACAUAACUAUUCAGACCUGAAGCACCUAUGUGAGCAAUUACAGUCUUGAGUCUUCUUGGGUAUGACGCUAUAAGCUUGGCACACCUGUAUUUGGGGAGUUUCUCCCAUUCUUUUGUGCAGAUCCUCUCAAGCUCUGUCAGGUUGGAUAGGGAGCAUCGCUGCACAGCUAUUUUCAGGUCUCUCCAGAGAUGUUUGAUCGGGUUUAAGUCCGGGCUCUGGCUGGGCCACUGAAGGACAUUCAGAAACUUGUCAAAGAAGCCAGUCCUGCAUUGUCUUGGCUGUGUGCUUAGGGUUGUUGUCCUGUUAGAAGGUGAACCUUCGCCCCAGUCGGAGGUCCUGAGCGCUCUGGAGCAGGUUUUCAUCAGGGCUCUCUCUGUACUUUGCUCCGUUCAUCUUUCCCUCGAUCCUGACUAGUCUCCCAAUCCCUGCCGCUGAAAAACAUCCCCACAGCAUGAUGCUGCCGCCACCAUGCUUCACCGUAAGGAUGGCGCCAGAUUUCUUCCAGGUGUAACGUUUGGCAUUCAGGCCAAAGAGUUCAAUCUUGGUUUCAGCAGACUAGAGAAUCUUGUUUCUCAUGGUCUGAGAGUAUUUAGGUGCCUUUUGGAAAACUCCAAGCGGACUGUGCCUUUUACUGAGGAGUGGGUUCCGUCUGGCCAUCAUAAAGGCCUGGUUGAUGGAGUGAUGCAGAGAUGAUUGUCCUUCUAGAAGAUUCUCCCAUCUCCACAGAGGAACUCUGGAGCCCCUUCAGAGUGACCAUCGGGUUCUUGGUCACCUUCCUGACCAAGGCCCUUCUCCUUAGAUUCUCGGUGGUUCCAAACUUCUUCCAUUUAAGAAUGAUGGAGGCCACUGUGUUCUUGGGGACCUUCAAUGCUGCAGAAAUGUUUUGGUGUCCUUCCCUAGAUCUGUGCUUCUAAACAACCCUGUCUCCGAGCGCUACGGACAAUCCCCUGGACCUCAUGGCUUGGUUUCUGCUCUGUCAACUGUGGGACCUUAUAUAGUGUAACGGAUGUGAAACAGCUAACUUAGUUACUAAGCUACCUGUUUCACAUCCGUUACAAUAGACAGGUGUGUGCCUUCCCAAAUCAUGUCCAAUCAAUUGAAUUUACCACAGGUGGACUCCAAUCAAGUCGUAUAAACAUCAAGGAUGAUCAAUGGAAACAGGGUGCACCUGAGCUCAAUUUUGAGUCUCAUAGCAUAGGGUCUGAAUAAUUAUGUAAAUAUAUUUUUCACAUAUUUUUCUUUUGAAUUACAUUUGCUAAAAUGUCUAAAAACCUGUUUUCCCUCGGCCAAUAUGGGGUACUGUGUGUAGAUUUGAGGAGGAAAAUAUAUAAAUAUCAAUUUUAGAAUAAGGCUGUAACGUAACAAAAUGUGGAAAAAGUUAAAGUCUCUGAAUACUCUCCGAAUGCACUGUAUAUUACAGGUGCAGGUUAGGCCUAUCAGUGGUUGCUAAUUAACGUUAGCAUGUGUAGUAAUACAAAUAUAGGAAAUAUAGCUGCAAGUGGUCUCUGCAUUUUGCUGUACAUUUGAAAUGCCUUUCCUACCAGUUGACUUGACAUUUUGCAUCAUUUCAACAUUUAAGUGAGCUUUAGCCAAACAAAGCACAAACAAAUAACAAAAGCAACAAGCAGUCAAAGCACGUUCGAAAUGUAAACGUUUUUGAAGAAAUGUAAUGAAUCUCUAUAGCACAAAUAUUUGGACCCUCAUAUCAUUAAAUUAGGUGUCUAUAUCAAUGUUGAUCACAUUAUAUGCCUAUCUUCUGUUAAUAUACUGUAAUUAAUAUAUUUUAUUCUCCAAAUGCUCAUAUUGUCUUGCUUUGCCUCUCCUCCCUAUUGAAUAUUUGUUGCAAUCCAGAAAGCACAUGGCAUUGCUUUAGCAAUAUGACUGCACUUUGAGGAUCUGGAGCACAGUGACAUUUGAUCUUUUGGUAAAUCCUUUGACGUGCUCUGGAUGAAUCAUUUCACUUGAGGGGAUUUUGCAAUUUGAAUCAUAUAAAGGAACUGCCAAAUAAAGACAACUAAAUGUA